CUGUUUUUGGAGCUUUGGUGUGUAAUUACUAUGAUUGAGAUUAAGCGACUUAUUUUUGACAAUCAUUAUCAUAAUCACUGAAGCCACCCAAGGAUAGCAAUCCAUGUUUCCUUCCUAGGAUGCAGUGGAUAUUUAAAUCCUUACGUAACUCCCGAAAACUCUAGUUAGCCAAAAAAAUAUACAGUGGAAAAUGAGCCGAAAGGAGGAGGCGAGCAUUGGAAGAGAGCAACUUAGCUGAGAAUUGACUCUGGAAUCCGUCGAGCUGGCUGGACAUAUAUAAUGUCAAUAGAAAAACUAUGUUCUUAUACGAUGGCGCAGCUUGAAGGAGGAGAAAAAUCGGCGAAAGUAAUUAUGACAGAAAAAUGCCAUAUUGCGUCUCUGGGGGAAGAUCAAGUGUUGGGAAUUUUACAGUAUUUGCCGCUGAAAUCUAUAUUGACAUUUGGCAUGACGUGCAGGAGAUUCCGCCAGUUGACGGAAUCGGAAGGCUUGUGGGCGUGGAUUUGCAGACGGGAAUGGGGAAACAUGGCUGUGGAGGCGUGGUUGUCUGUGGGUGACCAGAAAUUGGGGUGGAAGGCUCUCUAUCGCCAGAUGCGAGCUCCCGCUUCUGUUUUUGCUCGUCAAUUGACACAACUAGAUGCCAUUCCCUCACCCAGGGCUUCUCAUUCUUUGAAUUUCAUAUCUGGUACGCUUGUUCUUUUUGGAGGAGGCUGCCAAGGAGGAAUGGAUGCCAAACGAUGUGUUAUUUUGUCUGAAGGAGAUAUCAAACAAGUUAGUUCACCCGAUUCAGUGGGUGUGAAACACAAAGACAGCCCAGACUAAGGAAAACAUCUGCUAGUCCAGGCCCCAGAGAACGGCUAUUUUAGUCUCCAUUGGCCUUUGUUGUUUAUAAUACAUGCAUCUGGCCAUCAAGUUUUUGCCUGCCUACUUCUUACAUUAUUCUUUAUAUUCCUC